AAAAAAAGAGACAGGCAAUUAAUAUAUAUACAUACUACCUCUGCCAACCAGUAAGCUUAGCUUAGAUUAGCUGCUACUACUACUAUUACUUCCCUUCUUUCUUUCUUUCUUUCUUUUUCUGCCCUUUCUGCAACUAAAAGCUCUGUUUUUUUUGCUUCUUUUAAGGCCUUCUUCGCCGCCUUUGUCAAACUUAUCAUAUAAAUUUCACACACAAGAGCAUUUAAGUGAAUUGAUUGUGAUCUUUGCAAUUUACUAUUCUGAGCUUGCAUUUAUUCACUUACUAGAAAAAAAAAGUUGCUUCUUCUUCUCUGCUUUUACACUCUGCUUCUUCUUUUUUUUACUAUAAAAUGAAUUGGGGCGGUUGCUGUUAAGUUAGCGAAAGGAAUAUUAAGUUCAAUUAGAAAGGAAGUGUAGUAUUCUUCUUCUUCGUCUUUUUACAGAGAUCUGGUUUUCAACAAAAAGAUAUCUUAGUAUUACAAGAAAUUGAUAAUGUUGGCUCAGAAGCAAGCAGAGGAAGCAAUUGUCCCAAAUUUCAGUGAUACUGAUGGAAAUUGCAGCAAAGAAGAAGUUGAAAAAUUAGAAGACGAUCAAUCGCUUUUUAAUGUCAAGAGUUUUCUCUGGCAUGGAGGCUCUGCUUGGGAUGCUUGGUUCAGUUGUGCUUCUAAUCAAGUAGCGCAAGUGUUGUUGACAUUACCAUACUCUUUUUCUCAACUUGGUAUGGUAUCAGGCAUAGUACUACAAGUGUUCUAUGGUCUUAUGGGUAGUUGGACUGCAUACCUCAUCAGUGUUCUCUAUAUUGAAUAUAGAAGCAGAAAAGAAAAAGAAGGUGCUAGCUUCAAGAAUCAUGUCAUUCAGUGGUUUGAAGUGCUUGAUGGACUAUUGGGACCAUACUGGAAAGCAGCAGGACUUGCCUUCAACUGUACUUUCCUUCUGUUUGGAUCUGUCAUACAACUAAUUGCUUGUGCAAGUAACAUAUAUUACAUCAAUGAUCAUUUGGACAAGAGGACAUGGACUUACAUAUUUGGAGCUUGUUGUGCAACAACUGUUUUCAUUCCAUCUUUCCACAACUAUAGGAUUUGGUCAUUUUUAGGCCUUGGAAUGACUACUUACACAGCAUGGUACUUAACCGUGGCGGCUUUGGUUCAUGGUCAGGUUGAAAAUGUUCAACACACUGCUCCAUCAAAGCUGAUGUUGUAUUUUACUGGUGCUACCAAUAUUCUUUACACUUUUGGUGGACAUGCUGUUACUGUGGAAAUAAUGCAUGCAAUGUGGAAACCACAAAAGUUCAAGUACAUUUACUUAAUAGCGACAUUGUAUGUGUUCACUCUAACACUACCAUCAGCUUCAGCAGUUUACUGGGCAUUUGGAGAUCAACUUUUAAACCAUAGUAACGCGUUCUCACUUCUACCAAAAAACGCGUGGCGUGAUGCUGCUGUGAUCUUGAUGUUGAUUCAUCAGUUCAUCACGUUUGGAUUCGCGUGUACUCCGUUGUACUUUGUUUGGGAGAAAGUUAUAGGGAUGCAUGAUACAAGAAGUAUAUGUUUGAGGGCAUUAGCUAGAUUGCCUGUUGUUAUACCAAUAUGGUUCUUAGCUAUUAUUUUCCCAUUUUUUGGUCCUAUUAACUCUGCAGUUGGGGCUCUUUUGGUUAGUUUCACUGUCUACAUCAUACCAGCUCUUGCCCAUAUGCUUACUUAUCGAAAAUCAUCUGCUCGUCAGAAUGCAGCAGAGAAACCACCAUUUUUCAUGCCAAGUUGGACUGCUAUGUUUGUUAUUAACACCUUCAUUGUGGUUUGGGUUUUCGUCGUUGGAUUUGGGUUCGGAGGUUGGGCUAGCAUGACCAAUUUUGUCAGACAAGUUGAUACAUUUGGCCUUUUCGCAAAAUGUUAUCAAUGCAAACCUUCACUUCCACCACAUCCGGCGCCUAUCCACCACUAAGAAGUUGACCUAGAUCCACCUCGGGAUGUUGAAAAAUUUCAACAGUCAAAAAUGUCCUUAGACUAUAUCUUGUGUAUUAUAUACAUGGGGUUGUUGCAAUACUUCCCUUACAUGUGGUGUGUCAAAAAUUUCAUUUUCUUAAGUUUAAUUUUUUUUUUCUUACAGCAAUAUUAGAUAUAAUAGUGUGUUAAAUUGUGAUGAAUCCUUUGCUAUCAAAAGCAUAGGUUAAUUAAAUCAAGAUGUGUUAGUUUAUUGAAGUUCUUUUUCUUCCCCACUUUUGGUGGAGUAGUAAAUGAUUGUUGUUAUAAAAUAGGAUUUUAUAUAGUUGUUGCCUUGUUGGUAUUGUUGAAA